AUGUCAAUCAAAGAAAAUCGCUCAGAAAUCCUCAAAGCACAUUUCGAUAAGCCAAACGCCCACCCCGCUCCCAUAAUAACAUCUCUCAAUGGCGACAACUCGUGGCUGUUCUCCAUUCCAGUGCCAACAAGGCACCGGAGUCCCAAAACCUCACCUUAUUACCAUAUAGUGUCAGAUCCGUGGCUGACGGGUCCACCAACCACCGGCUUCAUCGCAUGGCUCGUAUCAUUCGGCCAUGUUAGCCCACCGGCCGCGUCUUCCGGGGCCGACAUCGAGGCCAUCUGCGCCGAGAUCGACGCCGCGGCGGGUUUCAGUCCAGCCGCCUCCGAGCAGAAGCGAUCCCGCAUCGGCGCCAUCAUCAUGGGCCAGAAUACCACCGACCACGUCAGCACGCGGUCGCUGGCGACCUUUGAACCGUCGAUCCCUGUGUUGGCCGUGUCGGGAGCCGACAAGGCGAUCCGAGGCAUGGCGCAUUUUGACACGGUCGUGACCCGGCAGCAAAUAGCCGAUGAGAUACGGGACUGGCGAAGUCACAUGAGGAAGCAUCCGCAGAGCCCACCGCUGCUGCCGCCUUGGAUAUGGACCUUUGGCGUCAAGGGCGACAGCGCCUUGAUGUCAGUCGGGGUGGUCGCCUGGGAGACGGAAGCGUCUGCCGACGUCUGCGACGCCAUCCUCGACGGGCCGCACGGCAUCCGCAUCGGCAGCGCCGGCGCGCAGGCCCUGGGCCAGGCGAGCCCGCCACUACGGUUCCUGGCCAUGCUGCACCCGACCAAGGAGAGCUACACGCUGUGGUUCAGGAACAUAUACGGCGGCGCGAGCGGGUCUGAGCUGGCGGCCCUGAUCAGGGCCAGGGUGUGGAUCCCGACGCACGACAACAUGUAUACUUACUCCGGUCCCAUCGGCCGUCUCAUCUUCGAGGCACUGGGUGACAAGGGGAAGCUCGCGGGGGACGGGACGGAUGGGAAGCCCGAGAUUGUACACGUGGGGAACGGGUUGAGCUACGCGUUGGAUGUCAGGGAGACGUGA